AUGAGAUAAUAAAUUCCUUUGAUAAUUUAUUUGAGUUUAUUGCUAUUCGUUACUUAGUAGGCAGAGAAAUUGGGAUUUGUUUUCGAAUUAGUUAGACAUGGUGCGAGAGCACCUUUAGUUUCAUCUCCUUAGUGCUAAUUUUAAGUAGGAGAUGGUAUGCUUACUGCCUCAGGAAUGAGGUAGCGAUACUUUCUUGGUAAGCUUAACCGAGAAAAAUACAUUGAAAACUAGCCUGGUUUCUUAAACGAGUAGUUUUAUUAUUCACAAAUAUAAGUACAAUCCACUAAUGUUUUCAGAGUUAUUUAAAGUAGCUAUGCUGAGUUACUCGGAACGUUUAGCACUCAAAACAAAAAGACUUAACUUCCUAGCAGUUCUGUUGAAAGUUUAAAAGUAGGCAAAGGCAUGCCAAAGAUUAAAAUCAGGAACAAGAUAGAGAACAUUCUUAAAGAAUCUGAUGUGCUUGAUAACAUUACAUUAUUACCUGUUUACAACUUUCUCAAACCAAAUCUGAAGGAUAAUAUAACUGAAACUGGGUGUCCAUAUGCUGGCCAGCAAUACAAUAGUGCUUGGUAUAACCCUGCAUACUAUGAAGGGUAUAAUGAAAUGCUUCUUGCUCAAUUAAGACAGCCUUAUACGGAGGCAUUCAAAUUGAAUAAAUUUAAAGCUAGAUUUAUGAACUUUACAGAUUUAUACGAAUACUCUGACAUUCUAUUAGGGGAGGAGGCUGAAAAUACUUGUCCUAAAAGAUUUAAUUUUUCUGAAGAAUAGUAGUACUAUAACUGCUAUGUAUAAUAUCUUACUCUUGUCCUUGAUUUUUAGGACAUCACAAGAAAAUUAUUUGUCUCUAAGUUACUUGAGAUGCCAAUUUAGAACAUUAUGAAAAGGAUUGAUGAAAUAUCAAAUGGCGAUAAAGAUCAAAGUACUUUACGAUAUAUGAUUUACUCAGGACAUGAUGUUUAAAUAGCAAAUGUUCUGACUCUACUAAAUCCAAUAGAAAUCGGAGAUGUUUAUCAGAUUCCAUAUGGCUCCACAUUCUACAUUGAACUAUACUAUGAUGAUGAUUGUAUAAAGAAUACCAAAACUGAAAACGAUAAAUAAAAUUGCUUCUGGGUAUAAGUAAUUUUCAAUGGAAAGCAAUUGAGCUUUGAUACCUGCCAAAAUGAAUCUAAGCUUAGCAAAGAUGAGCUAUUCAUUCACAAAAGAUGCAGCUUCAAUAAUUUCUUAAGUCAUUUAGACAAGAACUAAUACAAAGGUGAUAUGAUAGAACAAUGCAAAAAGGAUUUUAUUAAUUGA